CGGCGACGGCGGCAGGAGCUAGUCCCGGCGCCGCCUCGGGCUCCGCUCGGCUCGGGGGCUGCUCCCGGAGGAGGAGAGCCAGGCGAGGGGCGGCGAUCCGCGGGGCCCGCGGGCCGGGCGCAUGGCUUAGGGACGCCCCCGCCCGCCGCGCCCCCAGCAUGGGGAAACUUCACUCCAAGCCGGCCGCCGUGUGCAAGCGCAGGGAGAGCCCGGAAGGUGACAGCUUCGCUGUGAGUGCCGCCUGGGCCCGGAAAGGCAUCGAGGAGUGGAUCGGCAGGCAGCGCUGCCCGGGUGGCAGCUCCGGACCCCGACAGCUGCGGGCGGCGGGCACCGCCGGCAGAGGAGCCCGGGAGCUCGUGGGCGAGGUGUUCCGAGAAACACUCAGCGAGGAGGAAGAGGAAGACUUUCGACUGGAAGUGGCCCUGCCUCCCGAGAAGACCGACGGGCUGGCCAGCGGAGAUGAGAAGAGGAUGGAGAAGCCGAGUGAGUCCUGCCCGGGCUCCAAGAAGCAGCUGAAGUUCGAGGAGCUACAGUGUGACGUGUCCGUGGAGGAGGACAGCCGGCAGGAGUGGACCUUCACACUGUAUGACUUUGACAACAAUGGAAAGGUCACUCGCGAGGACAUCACCAGCCUGCUGCACACCAUCUACGAGGUGGUCGACUCCUCCGUGAACCACUCCCCGACGUCCAGCAAGACGCUGCGCGUGAAGCUGACCGUGGCCCCCGAUGGGAGCCAGGGCAAGAAGAGCAUCCUUCUCAACCAUCCCGACCUGCAGACCACCAGGCCCAGAGCGGAAACCAAGCCCGCGGAGGAGCUGCGCAGCUGGGAGAAGAAGCAGCGAGCCCCGCUCAGGUUCCAGGGAGACAGCCGGCUGGAGCAGUCUGGCUGCCAGCACCACUGCGUGGACGAGAACAUUGAGAGGAGAAACCACUACUUGGAUCUCGCCGGGAUAGAGAACUACACGUCCCAGUUUGGGCCUGGCUCCCCAUCCUCGGCCCAGAAGUCCGAACUGCACCCCCGCACCUCCAACCCCACGCGGUCCCGCUCCCAUGAGCCAGAAGCCGUCCAUGCCCCACACCGAAAGCCCCCAGGCGCGGACCCGGGCUCCUCCCACGGCCCCGACACCCCCUUCGCCAAGGUCUCGGAGGCCCAGCAGCGACUCCGGGGUGCCCAGGACGGGAGCAAGCACUUUGUGAGGUCCCCCAAGGCCCAGGGCAAGAGCAUGGGUGUGGGCCACGGGGCCAGAGGGGCAAGAAGCAAACCCCCUCUGGGACCCACGGUCCCCUCGGCGUCCCCAUCCACCCACCUGGCCGCCGGUGCAGCCGUCCUCCCCACCCUGGCCCCCCUCGGCCACAAGAAGCACAAGCACCGAGCCAAGGAGAGCCAGCCAGGGGGCCGGGGCCUGCAGGGGCCACUGGCCUUGGGCGGCGCCCUGGUGGGGCGGGACCAGGGGAGGGAGCUGCCCGCCGUGGUGGUGUACGACGGCCCGGCCGGCCAGGCGGUCCAGAGACACGAGCAUCGCCACCACCACGAGCACCACCACCACCACCACCACUUCUACCAGACCUAGGCCCACUGCGCCCCGCCCGCCCCAGCAUUCGUAUUCUAUUAAUUAUUGUUAUUAUGACGAGUAUUGUUAUUAAUAAUUAUUGUUACUCCACUAAUAUUCCGCUAGGCUCCAUGUAGAAGAUCUAUGGAAACACAGACGUCAACUUUUAUUUAUAAGUGUGGGGACUGCGUGCGUGACUCCCCCAGGGAGCGGCUCUGAGCGCGGCAGAGGCUCCCUCGGGUCCCGGCUGUGGUUCCCACCCAGGCCCCCACCCUCCCCAGCCCCUCCCCG